AUGGCGUUUUUGACCUCAAACCCUCAGAAGAAGAUAAAACGAAAGGCUCCUCGCGGCUUUCUAAAACGCUCCUUGAAGCGACAGAAACCUCAUCUUCGUCUAGAAACUAAUGGCGACUUACUGGUUCAUCUGAACUGUUUACUGUUCAUUCGUCGAUUAGCAGAAGCGUCUAGGAUAAAUGCUUGCGAGAACAAGUGUGGAAUAAUUAAAAAGGAGCAUGUCCUUGCUGCAGCAAAGGUAAUUCUAAAGAAGAGCAGAGGUUAG